CAAAACAGUUUUAGGGAUAAAAGUGAAAAUAGGGAAUUAACAAUAAGUCAAUAACCCAAGGAAGGUGAGAUACUGGUGUCGGGUUCUAUCUUCUAGUAAUUCAAAAUUCCUUCCGCCGGCGGCCGUAAUCCCGUCGCCGGAAAGGAACGGCGAUUCGAAAUCUCCGCCACAAAAUAGAGAAUUACACACUUGCAUUUGAUAGACUGAGAAGGAGAAGCUAGAAAGGGGGAGGAGAGAAAGGAGGAAGGGAGGCGGAAUCAUGAUAACGCGAUCGAAUUUGGCGGAGCAGCUGAGAGAAUAUCAGAUUCGAUCGAAGCACGAUUGGGCCUCUGUCUCUUUCUUCUCCUCCACCUCUAAUAUCACAUCUACAAGGGCAGAUGUCGUCAUCUUUGUAAUAUUUGAACUGGUUAUUUUGGCACUCCUGGUUUUCUCUGCGGUUUCACUGUAUUUCAAGCAUCUGAAGCUUGCAUUUAUCUUAGUAUGUGUUAGCUUGCUAUUGCUUUUAUGUGUGACAAUUGCAAAGCAAGUUACAGCAGCCAGGAAGAAGAAGCGAAGGAUGCUUCUUCCCUUAUCAAUGUAGAAGUGGCGAAUGGAGAACAACCUUUUGCUACGCGCAACCAACUUCUUGGUACGCGCAACCAGUUUUUUGAUAUGAAAGUAUGAAAAAUCUUAAAUAACUAUAGGUGUUUGGGCUGGUUGAUAAAGCUUCAUGUAAGUUUAGCCUCAGCCCUACAAUGUAAUUUUCCUGUAACAUCAUUCUUAUAUAUCUCUUUUUUGGUCAAGACUCGAGUUAUCUCAUGAAAUGCAUAUGUCCUGACAGCAUUGAAUACUGUUAACCACAAGAACCAAAUGUCCCUAAAUCAUGAAGGAUCUUGAUCUUUGAAAUCUGAA